UCGUCUGAACUCCCACGCACCGCGCUUGUUUGAAUUGAGUCCGUCCUUGGACGCAUUUCACACAAUUCGCCUCAGCUGCGAGAACACAACAUUCCUGGAACUCAUAGAUUUGCCAAUCAGACCAUCUACACGCCUUUCUAAAACCGUGUGCAUGGUGUUUCGCGUUGACCAUACUCCCAAGUAUUCUUCAUAAAAUGGGAUCGUAUCGCUGUGUUCUGGUUUCCUUAACCCUGCUUGGUCUUUUCGUUCAGGUGUGUUCAGCCUUAUUAACCAGCUGCCCCACACCUCCACAAUGUGGCGAAGGUUUUGGACUCAAGAACUGUGCGUGUGUCCGCUGUUCUCAGGACCAAUACCGGGUGGUGAGGAACAGGCUUCCAUCCUGCCAGAGCUGCACAGAAAAGUGUUCAGGUGAGAGGAAUCUUACGGAGGCAUCUCCUUGUAGCCCCAACAAGAACCGGUUGUGCCAUUGUGACAGGGGCUUCUUCUGUGAGAGUGCGGCACAGUUCAGCUGCAGGAGGUGUCUGCCCUGCCCUGUUGGAACCUUCUCCAACAAUAUAUCUAUGAAUGACUUCUGUCAGGCAUACACUGAUUGCGCUGGUCGCGGUCUGGCUGUGAUUUCCAGUGGUUCGAGCACUCGGGACCAUCUCUGUGACUAUCUCAUCAGCCCUCCUCAGCCCAAUGAUUUCCAUGUUAGCAAUGCUGAAACCACACAGUUCUCUACCCCCCUGCAAACCAUUCCCCUCCCUGUAACCACCCACAAACCCCAAACCACCAACCAACUCCCAACUGUGGACCGCACAGCAAGAGCUUCCAGUUCCAUCAAUGAACUUGUUUUUGAAGAAUCCUCCUCUUCACUUGUGACUUCACUGGUCCUGAUGGUUGUUCUGGUUGCAGCUGCCAUACUUGUGGUGUGCUGCAUGUGGCACAAACACCACCUACUGAAGAAGAAAGGUUGGCCUUUUCUGAAACAUUUGCAGGUGCAAGGGAGGAAGGAAGACACCAUGGACGGGGACCUGUGCUUUGUGUCCCAAAGGCUUCUGGGUAAUAACACAGGGAACGCACAGCAAGUUGGCCCGCCCAAACAGCAGGUUGCAAUAUAUCGCAGUGGUGGUGGAGACAGUGUCAGCAACAAUGUGGGAUCUAUAUACAUCUACUCUCCCAAAAUGGUGGUUCUUGGCACAAACACAGCAGAGCAAAGAGAGGAGGCAAAGCCCCCUGGAGAGGUGGGGGCCCCCCUUGGCACCCCUCACCAGGAGCAGGGUCCCAUGGACAGGUCCCCGUGGCCCGUGACAGAGUGUGUCCAGCAGGAGGAGGGGAAGGAACUGAGCUACCCUGUCCCAGCCACGAGCAAGUGAAAGACUGAGCCCACAGAAAGGUGUCAAGAGCAGUGGAGGAGUUUUAACUGCCACAGAGAAAACUGUGGAGGGAACUGUGGAAAUUAUAAACUGCAUUUCAUAAAACACAUUCAUAACUUAAAUAAAAAAAAACACCAUGGAUGGGCAUGUGAAGGCAUUUGUAAGCAGGAAUGAGUGUGAUGCUGUUAAACCUCUGGCCCAUUCUUGUAAUGCUAAUGUUAUGCUGUUUACAAUAAGUCUCCCAGAAAGUCUGCUCACUGAAAUUCCCCUUGUGCAAAGUCACAGAUAUGUAGGGACAGGAUGGCAUAGCCGGGCAGCAUAAAUCAGUUUGGUCAGGGCCUGCUGAGCUUCUCCACAGAGCUGCUUUUGCACUCCACACACUCACACACACACACACACACACACACACACACACACCCAUACGCCAUACGCACACACGUACGUACACAAGGACACACCCAUUCCUUUUUUCAGUGUCCUUGACGUACUUUUCUGUGAAGUGUGGGCUGCUCCACAGAUGGUUGGGAGAUAGUGAUUACCUCACAUACACGUACAUUUGGCCAGACUGGUCAAAGCUGACUGGAAGGGAGGCAAAUAGCCACACAUUGGCCAAGGGAUUUAUUAUGGUUUGAAUGAAAGGUGAUGGGGGUUUUUAAGGCAUUGACGUAUUAUUAAUAUUUUUAUUUUUAUGACUAAACCAUUACAUUUUGUGGAUGCUUUAUAUUUGGCCUGUGUGUGUGUGUGUGUGUGUGUGCAUAUCCGUCCUUUCGCAAAGAUAGGCAUACAUUUUGUGACAGUUCAGGGAGUUUUUGUGGAUGGUGUGACCAGAAAUGCACUUGCAAUUGCAUUUGCAUGAAGAUGUCUGCAGUUUCCCUUAAUACUUUCGUUCGUCUCACUCGUCCCCUCCUACUGUUUCCUGAGCAGUUGAGUAACAUUACCGUAGAAAAACGCUUCCUAUCUUGCUAGUGCUAUCUGAUAUUGCAGUUAAAUAGAACUGGCUUCUUUUGCUCUCAUGGUGGACAUUUCUUUGUUCAUCAGCACAGUAAGUGUCCUACAACACUGUCUGGCCAUAUCUGUGAGCAUCAGACUCGGGGAACAAUUCAAAGCAAUAACUAAUGUGAGGGGUUUUCUUUGGACUACAAGCUGGUCCUGCCUCUUGGUCGUUUCUAUCCCCACGGUAACGAGAUCCACAGUGUUUCAGUCCAAUCUGUUACCGAUGUCAGUCUGUGUGUGUAUGAGUGUACAUUAUGCUCUAUUGUGUUCCCAAGCGGUAUAUUUGGGUAUAUCCAUGAGCAGUGACAUCUCUUUUGACCGAUGUCCUGGCCCACUUGGAUGGUCUAAGCGUAUGUUGUUUCCAACAUCCAGUGUCCUACAUGUACUGUUAUGUAAUCCUGAAUUGAUUAAGGAGCCGUCUUAAUUUGUUACUAUUGUCUAUUUAUUCAUGCGUACUCACGUGGCCACACAUAACUGACAAAGACUAAAUUGGUUGAAACGUUGUCACUUCUCACUGAUUUACCUCACUGGAAUUACAGUUUUAUUUAACAUUAUUAUUUUUUAGUGACUGCUGAAGAUUUAGGAUCUGUGCUUGCCUCUAUAAUAGCGUGUGUAUGAGUGUAAACCCCAGACCCAGUGUCAGAGAAUGUAUAACCACACCAAAAACCAGGGGUCAGAAAUGAAUUCAUCAUGAAUGUUUGGUCAUAUUUUAAGAUGUAACUGCUUGCAAGGUCACGUACGUAAAUCGCAUAAAACAAUUAUGAAGUGCUUGAGUUGGGAGGUGUUAUUGUUUGAGCUGAGUAAUGACUGGGGGUUAUGGAAGUCUCUCUGCACAUAUGCAGCCUCAGCUAUUAAUCCCAAGGGCAGAUAGUCAGACAUAAUACACUGGCCUUCAGUAGGGACAGAAGCAGGCCCAGGAGAGUUGCAGGUUGGACAGCCUCCUUCUGUAAAUGUGGGUAUGAUGUCCAGUGUGUUUAUGCUGGGUAAUAGAGUAAGUGGGUGAUAGCAUGGGAAUGUGUUUAUUGUGUUUAUGUUAUGUCAGGAGUGAUGUUUGUAUGCCAUCUGUUAUUUACACAGGCAUUUGUGUGAGCUCGCAGUGGUCUCUUGUUGUCCUGCCAUUUUUAUUCUCUCUGGUUUGUUUAGUGAUUGUCUGUUGAGCUUCAGACAAGAUUCAAUAAAUGGCAUGACGUUUCUAUGAACACAUUUCUGAAGUAGUGUACAAGUAGUGUACUCUGAAGGGAGUACAAACUAGUACUCUCCAAACUAGUCUCACUUUUUUACUCAUGUUCAAUUUCUUAGAAAUUUGGUACUGCUGAAGAAUUGUACAUUUCUA